AUCAAUUACGUACGACUCUAAUAUGUAACUUUGACUACACUGCGGAUUUAUCAUGUCACCAUAAUCCAGAUUAUUCACAUUUAAACCUUCUUUCUACAUUUUAUUCUGUUAACGGAAGCUUGAUUCAAACAAUCUGGAUUGCUUUGACAUUCCAAAACAACAGCUGAAGGCAGGUCUGUAUAAACCAUGGAGGUAAUUCUUACCUCCAUGGUAUAAACCAUGGAGGUAAGAAUAGAGGGAGAUGCCGUGACAUCACAGCUGUGAAGCUAUGUGAAGCCGAGGGUAGCCAUCUCAGUCCGACCAAAACAUUGCUGCUGUAAGCUUCUGUGCAUAGGCUUGUCGCUCGCUUUUGGAAGGAUUUUGCGCUAUUAUGGUGACUUGUGUGGUGUUCGGGUGUAUGAAUCGUUCUGAUUGUGAUGCGAAAUCGAAGGAAAUAACAUUUCAUGUAUUUCCUAAAAAUGAAAGUCAGAAAGCUCUGUGGGAGAAUACUGUGAGGAGGAAGAAUUGGCGUGCGUCUAAAUGGAGCACUAUAUGUUCUCAGCAUUUCCGAGAAGAGGACAUAGACCGAACUUCCCUUUCAACAGUAAGGCUCCGAGAAAGUGCUGUACCAUCAGUUUUCCCUACACGCCCAAAACAUUUGCAAAAGGGAGACAAGAAGAGAAAGCCACCAUUGCGGAAGGAGAGCUCUUCCUUUCCAUCUUCAGUUUUGGCUGCCGUCAGCAGAGUGCAGGAUGAAGAAGUUCCUGCUCUUGUUCCUGACUACUCUGCAGGACCACCAGAACGUAGUCAGACAUCCUCUGAAAGUGAGGAACUGAAGACGAAGUGUGAACACUUCAUAAGAAAAACUGAUCAAUACAAAAAACAAAUUAAAACUCUUCAGCAGUCUAAGCGACGACUUAAGAAGAAAGUGGCUAACACUUCGGAACAGUGGCAGUUACUAAGCACGGAAAAUAGUGCAGCGACAACUGACAACGACCACGAUUACUUUGCAACUGGAAUUUAUCUCUCUGAAGUGGCAGUCCAUAUUGUAGUAUAUAUAGCUGGAUUUGUGGUGCGUCACUUAGAGAAAACCUUAAAAUGUGAACCAUGUUUAUCCGUAUUGAGAGGGGAUGGUAGCCAUGUUGCUUAUUCUCUCAUUCAUAGAAAGAGUAGUACAGGUAAUUCUAAGGUUCCUUUGAAAAAUCAGUUUUCUAAAUGUGUGUCUGAGGUGCUUAGUGAAUUCAUAUUCAAGCCAGUGUUUAGGGAGUUAGCAGACCACAUGAAAAAUCAGCAUCCCUUGGACAAUCAUAUGAUACUGCUGAUUAAAGCAAUUGCCACACGAUACCUCCUGACACGGCAAAAACAUGCUGCCAAGAGAAUAAGUGAUGCAUUGCAUCAAAAUAAAAUCAGGACAACCUAUACAAAACUGGUACUCUUUAAAGAUCAAUAACUGAUAUUUGUACACAGAGGUCUAGUGUGUGAGGCAUCUUGUAUAAAGCACACAUUAUAUUGAGGCAAACUGGGAAUGUAACCUUAUUGUAAUUAAUAAAUGAUGCACAUUCUUCCUUUUCCGUUAUGUCUCUGUUGUUAUAACCAGCUACAAAAUGUUUGUGAUGUGUGUAUCUUAAAACUAUUAGUACUAGCAUAUUCAGGGUAUCUAUGAAAAUUUGUUCCUGGUGUGUGAUAGAGUCAGACAAUUAUAAUUUUAUGUGUGUGUAAUACCUUCUAAAUAUAUCAUCCUCAAACCAACAUUUGGAACUACAUUAUAUGUAAAGUGUUUCCAAGUGCUUGAUACUCCACCAUACCAGUAUGCAGUACUAGUUCUGCAAUAGCUUGUGAUCUGUGUGCUUCCAAAUGGGACAUACAUUUCUUUUUGAAAUAUUUAGCCAAUGUUUGGCAGAGUAUGCUGUAGUAUGUUCUAGCCAGUGUUGUUAAUUAAGUUUCCACGAGUGACAACAUGUUAGUGAGAAAUAGAAUUGCCUCAUUUUUGGCACAUUGAAAUACAUUCCCAUCAUUGUGUGGUAUGUUAUGGUUUGUUGCUUGUGUGUCAUUACAAAUUAUGUUUUUUUGUGAUCUAGUCCAACAGUGGUUUACCCUCAAAAAAUGAGAGAUAGUAGUGUUCGCAGGUGAGCGUUAUUGGUUUUUCACUACUUCGUUGGGCACUAAAUUUUCUAACAGUCUCUCCCGUAAUCCAUUGAAAUGUAAUCCAUGUGUUGUACAGAAACUACAGCCCACAACAUUUAUAUCUGUAGUAAGACAUAUUUUAUAAAUGAUUGCAUAUUUUCUUAUGUUUGUUUGCUUGACUACUUUCCUGGUUUAUGCAAGACCACUGUGAUAAAUCAUAUGUAUGUGGAAAGGUAAAUAGUAUUACAUUUGUAUCAGUCAGGAGACUGAGACAUUUCUUUCAUUCUCAACAAGCAAUGAUGUGGACUUUGUUACAAUUUCAUAUAAUAUUUUUUUUACAUAGAACUGUGUUAUUUUUAAAUUCCACAAUCUUGUGAAAAAGGCAGUUAACUGAAAAGUCACAUUGUAAUAAUUUUUCUGUAUACCUGUA